AUGCCUCAACGUCAAUCGGAUUUACAAAAGACUUUACAAGGAGACCGCCAAAGCCUCUCCAUGCAGUACCAGGGAAGUCACAGUGGUUGUCGAUCAAUGGACUCGAUUCCAAGUGAUGGACAACAAAUU